AUGAUGUCUUCCUCGUCCUCACGCAAAUCAUUAACAUUUGAAACCAAAUGGCAUUCAACAGCGACAACAUCCUAUGUUCUUCAUCAACGUCCAUCUUAUCCACUAUCUGAUAUAUCAACAAAUUGUACAAUGAUGAAAAUAUCUUCAACAACAAAAAUGAUAUCUACCAAUAAAUUUCAAACAUCAAAUGGUAGUUGUACUGAAAGUGAUGAAUGUGAAACAGGUGAUUUAUUGAGUAGUGAUUAUCCUACACAAAUGAAACUGAGUGAUGAUAGUGAUAUGUCAGAUAUUGCUUUAUUUUUGAAUCAUCCAAAACAAGUAACAAUUGGUGCUGAUCAAUCAGAAAAUUCUCUAAAACGUCCACUUUCUCGCUUGUCAUCUACGUCCCUCGUUAAACAAUAUUCUUCGUCAUCUCAAUCUAAACUUUCUCUAAACGAUGAUGCAAAAUCGUUACUUAAAAAGAAAAUUAUGGUACAGAAACAACGAAGUACACAACGUUUACAAUUGUAUGAAGAUUUAAAAGUAAUUAAUCAUAAACGAAUUCAAGUUAUUGAUGAAUUAAUUCAUUUGGAUGAACAACAUGAAGAAAAAGUGAAACAAUUAGCAAAAGUUUUGUAA